CUUCUGACUUUGAAUCAGAAGAAACAAAAGCUUAAAUUUUAAGACGUUGUUUGGGAAGAAAUAUUCGUGGCGGAGGAUACUGUCCGCGUCCAGGAAGGAAAGCCAGGUACUCCAUAACUUUACUCAACGGCGUCACCAUUGUCUAUGGAGCAACAGUUCCUGCACAUACCUGGUUUGGAGCUCUCAUGUCCAUUGUAGGCCUUGCACUGGAAUCCAGUGGAUCUCCUCCCAGUAUUGAUGAUCUCUUGAACUUCUUAACUGUGGUGUUUUUUGGUGUGCAUAUGCUUAGAACGGAACAUGCAUGGAGAAACACAAAUAGAAAGAACUUAUUACCUCUUCUUGGAUACAAGGUUUGGUGGUGUCCAAACUUGUGAUCCGCCAUCAUGGAAGUGGGAAAUGAUAUGGCAUUGGAUGACUGCAUUUCCAUGGAUUCCGUCACUCUGCACUGGCAUAUUCUCAACUGGUUUGUGCUUAAGGAGAGAGCACAGAGAUCGCUGCAAUGUUGAUGUUUCAGCAACAGAAACUACAAUCAUUUAUGGUUUGGAGCCAUUCUGGGGUUCCGGAUUUACAUGGUUUCUUCUUGGUGAAAGGUGGGGUUGGAUCGGGGCUGCUUCUGUGCUUGAACAAUCUUUUUGAAUCUCAAAGCACGUUCAGCUGUGAUCAAGGACUCGUAUAAUGGAGUGGCCAUUCUGUCCUCCGUAUUUCCCUUGUGGAUUUGUAGCGCGAUGCUCU